UGAAUUUUAUCACAUUUACGGUGGCUAAAUUCACUUGUACUUUCUAGUCUGGAUUGAGAAUCGCAUGACCGACUGGACGAAAACACACUAAUGAGUUGCCCCAACGGUUGAACUUUCUAGAUAAAUAAAGCACACUCUCCAAAUUAUAGCAUCCAUUAUGCAUGGCACCGACCACAUGUGACAAUUUCGGUUAUCAAUUUCCUACGACGACGUUCUAGUUCAGUGGUGGCCCGCUUAAAAUCGUGCCCGAGCCUAAAUGAAGACAUUGUUAUCCUAAUUAGCACCUAACACGAGCAGCAAACAAAGAUCCACACGCGAUCGUUUCGAACUCACAACUCGUUGGGCACUGUAAGGCAAGUACAUGCAGCAGCACUGACGCGGAGCAAACAAUCCCAUCCGGUGAUGAGUUUCCGACCGAUCCCGGAAUAUCUGGAGCACCGAACUUUAGAAAGUGAUAACAACGACAACACAAACGCCACGUCGCCAUACGUUUCGCUCGGAAUGUCGUAUGCAGCGAUGCUUAGCGCCUUUCCUUGGUAAAGUGAAAAUGAAAUUUCUCCUUCCUGAAGCUGUGUGUAUUUGAAUCAACCGAGAUAAUGUGGGACGGCCCAGAUCCAAAGGGGGUUCUUCUUGCCGAGCAUCCCGGCAGCAAUUGAUCAUUGAAUUUUAAGGUGACACACUGAGCAGACGUGUUACCCGCUUUUUGAAGGGGCCCGACCUUACGCCGGAUUGGCACACAUUGAGGACGAGUCCUUAGAAGACAAUGCGCGCCGUGGUGUACUGGUGAAGUGAUAAGUGAGACAUUUGACUAAUUGGCGAGAAUUGUUCUUAGUUAGACACACGAAAUCUGAAGCGACCGAGAAUGAAAGUGAAAAUUAUUUUGAGUACGUUGGUGGUUGGAUUAGUGGGGUUGGUGAGUCAGGCCCAAUCAGGAUCAAUCCAAAUUAGUGCCUAUGGAAACUCGACGAGGCAAGCAGACUUGCCUGUGGGCAAUAGUUCCAGCAAAAGCGCUGGUACUGGUCGAGCCAUAGGAAGCGGAAGCUUUCAAAACCCAUUCGAAGGAUUAUUGUCGAAACCUGUGAAGUUUAGAACCAGCAGUAAUCGUGAUUCGCACAAGACACCUAAAUACAUCGUCUAUCCCAGUGCCAGUCAAUCGGUGUUUUCUGAUCGGACAUCGGGGAAUAAUGCUGUAGCCAUGGAUCGGUUUGCUCCAGGAGAAGCAUAUGGUGGAACGGUCUACAAAAUAGUUAAAGCGAGGGAAGAAAAGAUCAAGAAUGGAUACCAGUAUCAGAAGCCAAAUGCUGCAUUUGAUGACUCAAAGACAAACGCGCCUUCACCCACUACACCACUUCCACCUCCUCCUCCACCACCAGCUCCAAUCACCGUUCAAGCAUUACCACCCCCCAUUACUCCUCCACCACUUCCGCCACUUAUAGUAGGACCAACCCCUAGUCCUGUUGUAUCCCCACCAGCCCCAGCUCCAACGGCUGCAACUCCAACAGCUCCACAACCGCCAUCAAACCAAUACAUCCCUCCAUCUGAUUUAUACCUAUUCGCACCGAACGUGCACUCUCAUUACCCGCAGCAAAUGAACGGAGAUGCCCAAUUCAGUGGCGUAUCCAGUUAUCUUCCUCCACCUGCAGGAGCUUCCGACGAUGCACCCCCAGCUGAUUCAAACCCAUCACCGCCAUCACCUCCAUCAAAUCAAUAUAUCCCUCCAGAAGGAUUAUUCCAAUUUCCACCCAACAUCCAUUCCCACUAUCAUCCCGCACCACCAGAAGAUGGCUUCCAAUUCAACGGAAUUUCAAGCUACCUUCCCCCACCUGCCGGGCCGAGCGACGCCUAUUUGCCACCCACAGCUGACGAUUCGCAAUCCACACCACCCCCAGCGGAUUCCAAUGACAUGAUCGGAACAAUCCCCAUCGGUCCCGACACUCCGUAUCCUUCCUAUCUGCCACCAUCGGGUCCUCCACAACCCGCACCAGCACCGAUGAAGAAACCACCUCCACCACCACCGCCACCAGCACCCACAAUGGCCAAGGACAUGAGUGCCCAACCCGUAGAACUGUCAUUCAAUCCCCACGACCAUGAAUCCUACUUCCCCUACGAUCAUUACCCUCACGAUCAUUUCCCGCACGACCACUAUCCCGAAUAUAUUUUUGACCACGACCAUCACCAUGACGAACCAACAACGGCAGCGCCACCACCACCGCCACCCCCACCACCAGUAGACGCCGGAACGGCCCGAGUUAAGAACUACAGCUACUACUACCUCAGUCGAACGCUGUGGUACGUUCCGCUGUACUUCACCCUGUACUUCUGCUUCUACGUGCUGAUUCUGAUCCUGCGAUCCAUUGCGAGGCAUAAGGUCAAUUACCCUAACCAAUGGACCGGACGAUCACUGCAGAGCAUGCAGUUCGUAACGAACGACGAAGUAGUGAACAAGGCGGACAUCAUGGCAACAUUUGUUAUGAAACAAAUCGACGACUUUAAGGAAAAAUACUUAUAGGAAUCGGAUUAGUACAACCAAUUGGGAUAUAGGUUUAAAAAGAAUGAACAAUUGCUCACUAGACAUUCUUCAUAAGAACGUUACAUCUACAUUGUCGACCAAAUUGAGACUUGAAAGAUGUUUACUGAACAAUGCGAAAAAUAAUAAACCAAUAUGUUUUAAACUGA